ACGAUAAGGAAGAACAUGUCACUCCUUCCUUCCCUUCAAUCCAAUCAUCAUCAAUCAUCAUCAUCAGUCAAAGAGAAGAGGAAUGGGCGUUGCAUUAACACCGUUUCUUCUCACUCUCCCUUCAAUUUCCACUUCCACCCACAAUCGCAGUUUCGUUGUUGCUCCACAUAGUACCCGUCGCAUUCGCAUUGCGAUAAAAUGCGUGAAGCUAGAUGAUGCAGAUACUGAAUCAGAAGCAACUAUAAUGUGCGAAGCUUGUAACGGAAAAGGAUGGUUAGUUUGUGAUUUCUGUGAAGGCCAGAAGAUUAACGUCAAAGCACAAAACAACCGUAUCUACCGUCGAUGUCCCUCAUGCAAAGCCGUUGGAUGUGUAUUGUGUUCGAAGUGUAAGGUGUUCAAAUGUGUUACUUUUCCUGAUUUUAAUGAUUCUCAGAUUAGUUAAUUCAUUUAAUCAAGGUACUACUCUCCAAUGUAACUCAUCAUGUGAUUCUGGAAAUUGUACAUUUCAAAUUCAAUGCAAUAAUUCUUAUGUUUUAGGCCAAGUCUAUAGUGCAAAAGUAAUAUAGUGCUGUACUCGAGUUUGUUUUUCACCAUCUAGUUGAGUUAAAUAGAUCUAAACGAUCGGUCUAGGGUUCAAUCUUUUGCAGCAGCAUGUAUUUAUAUUUAUAAAUUAAUGUAAACAAAUUAUUGAUGACUUACAAAAAUUGUGCAAAAGUAAUAUAGUGUUACACUUGUACCAUACACAAGUUUGUUUUUCA